AUGGGAAAACACGUUCUCAACUGCAAGAUCCUGUCGGGUAAACAUAUGGGAAAACACGUUCUCAACUGCAAGAUCCUGUCGGGUAAACAUGUUGGUGAUAUGAUGUUCAUUCCUAGAAUGACUUUGGUACCGUCCAACUCUGCAUUGCCUAUUAAAUUCCAGCGACGUCAGUUUCCACUGAUGGUAUCAUUCGCAAUGACAAUCAAUAAAAGUCAAGGACAAACUCUUUCUCACGUGGGCCUGUACUUGCCGAGACCUGUUUUCAGUCACGGACAGCUCUAUGUCACACUCUCGAGGGUUAAGAGUCGAAGUGGCAUAAAGAUUUUGAUUAACUCGGAAUCUGGUGAUACGACCAAUGUUAAAAAUAAUGUUGCAUACAAGGAAGUUUUUCAGCGUAUAUGA